AUGUCGGGCCGGCUCUCUUCCCAUGCGAGCGGCACAGACGGCGAUGGUCUCAUGCCGAUCGCCGUUGUGGGAAUGUCCUGCCGCCUCUCAGGUAUUGCCACGAGCCCGGAAGGCCUUUGGCAGAUGCUGGCAAGGGGCUUAACAGGAUGGUCAAGCAACGGGAGCAGCCGCUUCCAAAUGAAUUCGUUCUGGCACCCGCAGUCUGACUUGAACGCUUCGUUCAACGCAAGAGGGUUCCACUUGAUCAAGCAAGAUCCCGCAUUGUUUGAUAACUUGUUCUUUGGAGUCACCAGCAUUGAGGCCAGGGCCAUCGAUCCGCAGCAACGAAUGCUGCUUGAAGUAGCAUACGAAGCGUUCGAGACGGCGGGAAUCACGAUGCAGAAUCUCAAAGGUUCAGAUACAGGCGUAUAUUGCGCGGUUUCACAUCACGACUAUGACAAGAUCCUGGGCAGGGAUCCCGAGUUGUCCCCAGGAUACCGAUUUACCGGAACUGGACCUGCGCUCGUUUCCAACCGCAUUUCCUACGUGCUUGAUUUACACGGGCCAAGUAUCACUCUUGAUACAGCAUGUUCCGGUGGACUGGUUGCGGUUCAUGAAGCCUGUAAAGCCAUCCGGGCGGGAGACGUGCCGCAAGCACUAGUCGGUGGCACGAACCUGAUUCUCGAUCCAGACCAGGUCAAUAUCAUGUCUUCAAUGGACUUCCUCUCUCCCCACGGCCGCUGCUACGCGUUUGAUUCCCGUGCCGAUGGUUUUGGAAGGGGUGAAGGCGUGGCUGCUGUCGUGCUGAAGCGCUUAGACAUGGCCCUUGCUGACGGCGACCCAAUUCGGGCUGUCAUUCGUGGUAGCAGCGUUUGCUCAGACGGUCGCACGCCUGGAGUCACAAUGCCAUCUUCCGACAUCCAGAGGAGAAUGAUUCAGAGAGCCUAUCAACAGGCAGGCCUAGACCCGAGGGAUACCACCUAUGUGGAAGCACAUGGAACUGGAACCAAGGCCGGAGACAAGGCCGAAGCGACUGCUCUCCAUGAGACCUUUUGCAAGGCAAGGCAAAAGGGAAAUAAACUGUUUGUCGGAAGCGUCAAGGGUAAUGUGGGCCAUACAGAGAGUGUGGCCGGAUUGACCGGUCUGAUCAAGACGGUUUUGAUGCUCGAGAAAAAGAUGAUGCCCCCCAAUGCCACGUUCAUGAAACCAAACAGCGAGAUUCCAUUGGAAAGCUGGGGCAUGGAAGUGCCUAAAAGGAUGCUCAAGUGGCCGGACAAUGCCACUCGCCGCGCCUCAGUCAACAGCUUUGGGUAUGGGGGUACAAACGCCCACGUUAUCCUGGAUGCGGCCGACGAUUACCUCAACGACACGAAACACAUGUGCCCCCCAGUCGAUAUUCGAGCUUGCGUGGGUAAAGUCAACGGAGACUCGGCAAAUGAAGUGGCAGAAGUUACGGAAACAAGUAGUCUCGCCAUGACCAUAAUUGUUUCAGACCCAACGGAAGCAGAACCGACGACGACGCACGUCCAUGGCCAUUCGACUCUACAACACAGGAGGAGCCUGAAAGCUUCACCCACCAAAGCCAUGACGAGACCACGCCUCUUUCCCUUGUCCCACGAUCAGGAAGGGGGCGUGGCGAAAUUAGCGGCCAAUUUCAAACGCUUCAUCUUGGACAAGCUGCCUGAUACGAAUGAAUCUCUGGAUAGUCUUGCCUUCACUCUAUCGGAUCGGCGGUCUAUCUAUAGGUUUCGUUGGUGUGUAGCCGCAUCCAGUCGUGACGAACUUGUGGAUGGACUUGAACACAUAGUCGAGGGCACGGAUCGGGCCCUACAACAAGCUGAAGAGCGAAAAAUAUGCUUUGCUUUCACAGGUCAGGGUGCUCAAUGGGCAGGCAUGGGUCGCGAAUUGCUGGCCGCAUACCCUGUAUUUGCCAAGUCCAUGGAGCGGUCAGAAAGGUAUCUCACCCACCUCGGUGCUGACUGGCGGCUUCUCGCCGAGCUGGAUAAACCAUGGGAAACGUCUCGAAUCAACGAAGCCGCCCUGUCACAGCCUUGCUGCACCGCCAUUCAGAUUGGACUCGUCGACUUGCUCGAGACGUGGGGAAUUCGACCUGCCUUGGUGUGCGGACACUCGAGCGGAGAAAUUGCGGCGGCAUAUGCAGCUGGCAUCAUGACAGCACAGGAUUGUCUGAAAGUCGCCUAUUUUCGUGGCCAUCUGGUGAAGCGGCUGAUGGAGCAGAACCCCAAGCUUUCCGGCGGCAUGCUUGCUGUUGGACUGUCGGUAGGCGAGGCGCAAAAAUAUCUUGACAAUGACGCCACUUGCGGAAAGGUCGUCGUGGCGUGCGUCAACAGUCCUGCCAGUAUCACCUUGUCCGGAGAUGAAGCAGUGUUGAGCAGUAUUCAAGAGACGCUCGCCGCCAGAGGCGUUUUCAACCGCAAGCUGGCGGUUGGCGUGGCCUACCAUUCGCACCAUAUGAACAUGAUUCUGGAAGAAUACCUGCACGCCAUUCAGGACAUCAAACCUUUACACUGCGGGCAGCAUGUCCAAAUGGUGUCUUCUGUGACGGGCAAGGCUGUUCAAGGCGAGGAGCUGAAUGCGAUGUACUGGGGUAGAAACCUGACAUCUCCCGUCCUCUUCGCCGACGCUCUGGCCGAGAUCUUUGACACGGCGCAAAAAAACGAAAAGCGAAGCAACAUGCUUGCGGUUGUCGAGGUUGGCCCUCAUUCUGCACUGCAGGGUCCCAUCAAACAGACCAUCAAGGCGUCCAAAACAGCGGGAUCCAUCAGCUAUCACUCGGUCCUCUCACGGAAGCAAGACGCAAGUAGGACUGCCGUGGCCUUGGCUGCAAGUCUGUUCGUCAAUGGAGCAACCGUCGAUUUUGGUCGAGUCAACGAUCCGCAUGGCGACGCCAAAAAGAACGUCUUGACCAACUUGCCAACGUACAAUUGGCAUCACAAUACCACGCACUGGGUCGAGUCCCGCCGGAGCGCUCAAUAUAGACACAGAAAAUUUCCCAAGCACGAUCUUGUUGGUGUGCCCAGCAGCGACAGCAUACCCAGCGAACCGACAUGGCGCAACUACAUCCGCCUCAAGGAAUUGCCUUGGCUCAAGGGCCAUUGCAUUGGUGGCAACACCAUUUUCCCAGCCGCUGGCUAUGUGACCAUGGUUUUGGAAGCCCUGAAGCAACAAAUCCUCGGUGGCGGAAACCCCUGGAAGAAGAUGCGUAUCAAAUUUCGCCAAGUCCAUUUUGGUCGGGCGCUCCUCGUUGCCGACGAUUCUGUGGGCGUAGAGACAUUCGUCACCAUUCGACCUUUUACGUACACGGCACGAGAAUCUUCGGCUUCGUGGAACGAGUUUCGGAUAUUUUCCGUGUCUGUCAAUGGAGAAUCAACAGAGCAUAGUCGGGGUCUAGUGACUGCCAUCAGUCCUUUGCCCAACCAAGACCAUGAGAAUAUGACGGAUGCCGAGUCUCUUGCGUUUAUUGAACAAGUUUCCGAGAAAUCUCGCAUAGUACUCCCCCCGAAGCAGCUAUACAAGGAGCUCAGAGACGUGGGUAUUGAGUAUAGCCACCCGUUCAAUGGCCAAGAGCACAUUCGAGCAUCCGAGUCUGCAUCGACCUGUCGAAUCAAGAUUCCAGAUAUCCAGGCUCUUAUGCCUUCGAAUUACCAACAACCUCAUUGCAUCCACCCAGCAACAUUGGAUGUCUGUUUCCAAGCUGCCUUCUCGGCCAUGAAGGUCGGAGAACAUCUUCGGGGUACAUUUGUCCUCGGCGGGUUUGACGACCUUGAAAUCUCGAGUGAGAUUCCGUCUCAGCCCGGAAAGCACAUGUCCGUCGCGGCAUCUCUUCGAGGCCUUGGCCACUCUAAUUUCGCAUCCGAUUCAGUCAUCUCGAGCUCCGACGACGGAAAAUCAGAAGUCUUCAUCAAGAUCAAGGGACUCAUCCUUGCCAGGACAAGUGGACCAUCUCGGCAGACUUCUUCACAGCAUCUGGCUGGAGAAUCCCUGUGCCAUCGGCUGGAGUGGUCCCUUGACCCGACUUGCGCCGAGCCUCACAGCAUCAUCAAGCGUUGCCUUCUCGACUCUGACGUGUUGGUGGCUGGAAGAACGAGCUUGUGUGAGCAAUACUGCCAAGCUGUCGUGGCAAGGGCACUAACAGAGCUCUCUCCCGACGACGAGGCAAAGAUUACUGGCCACUUUUCUCAGUGGCUCCUGUGGAUGAAGGCAAUAAGCGCGGGAAGCUACCAGCCACUCCAGGUGAGCAACGCGCUCAACGACAAAAUCAAGUCGCUUGGCAUCUAUGGCGAGGUCCUGGUGGACAUGGCACCUCGGCUCGUAGGUAUUCUUCGGGGAGACGUUGAUCCCCAGGCACUCCUUCUGGAGAAGCAGCGUCUGUACCGGCUCUACACGCGCGACAACAUCAAGAGGUGUCACAAGCAGCUGGCCGAAUACGUCAAGCUUCUGCGAUUCAAAACUCCCAAUCUCCGCAUCCUCGAGAUUGGGGCUGCAACCGCAGCCGGAUCGAUGCCAGUUUUGGAAGCUCUCUACAGCAACAAGGACGUUAGAGGAGAAGCGAGGUCCGAGUCGUAUACCUUGGCCUGUGCUCCGACAGCGUGCUUCCAGGACGCAGAAACGGAAUGGGACAAGGCGCAGGAGUCUCUAGAGUGGAAGAGGCUUGACAUGGAAAUCUCUCCAAAAGAACAGGGGUUUGAACUUGGCUCGUACGACCUCGUCAUUGCCGCCAAUGUCUUGCAUGCGACUCGCGAGAUAAAUGUCGCGCUGGGAAACAUAAGGAGCCUGCUCAAAUCAAAUGGCAAGCUUGCUCUGAUGGAGACGACAGCCCCAAAAAUUCACGACGGAGUCGUAUUUGGCAUGCUCCCUGGAUGGUGGCUUGGAGCCACGGACGGUCGGGUGCACUCACCACUUCUCGAUGCAUCUGGUUGGCGUGAUAGGCUCGGCCAUUGUGGCUUCUCCGGAAUCGACUUUGAGAUGCACGACUUCGACUCGGCCGAGGACCACCAGGUCAGCGUCAUGGUUUCUUCAGCAACUAGCCAUCCAGAACCAUGGUGUUUGGGCAUGCAAGACCCGACGAGAGGCGUGUCAACUCUAGAAUCCGACCCUCGGCAGACCAUUCUUGUGAUUAGUGACGGUAAAGAGAGCAGACUUGCAGACCAUGUAGCCGACCUAUUGACCUCUGUCGAGUCCAGCGUCCACGCUGAGAAGACCGCGUUGGCUGAGGCGCAGGUUUCGCCUGGUCAGCUGGCCGUGGUGCUACUCGAGGCAGUCCAUCCGUUCCUGGCGACAUGCUCUCAAGCGGAUUGGGGAAAAGUCCGGCAUAUUCUUUCCGACGCAGACGGUGUUUUAUGGGUCAGUUGCGGCGGCGCCGUCGAAGGCACGAAUCCUCUCCAGUCGCUCAUCGUGGGCCUAACGCGCUGCCUGCGAUCCGAAGACCAGCACAGAAAGGUCGUCACUCUGGAUCUCGAGCCGAAUCACGGGUCGGGACUCGAGACCGCGGAGCAGAUUCGCAGAGUCUAUCAUCAUGUAUUCGGUCCACAUGGUCCGCCAGCCUCUGCCUUGCCGGAAUUUGAAUACGCCAUCCGCAAUGGAGAGAUACUGAUUCCUCGCUUGAUGUGCAACGGUCCCGUUAAUGAAUAUGUCCAGGACAGCGUUUCGACCUACCACCCUCGACACGAGCAAGGAAUGAAACCAGGCCGUUCCUUGAGCCUGAAGAUCCACGAACCUGGGCUUCUCAACACACUCUACUGGGCCGAUUCGGAGCGGCACGCACGGAGCGUCGGAGCCGAAGAAGUCCGGGUGGAUUUGCAAUACGUCUCUCUCAACUUCAAAGACAUCAUGAUCGCCAUGGGACAACUAGAAGGGCACACGGCCAUGCUGCUGGAAGGGAGCGGCAAGGUUGUCGAGGUUGGUGAGGCACUCCGCCAUCAGUACUCUGUCGGUGACUUGGUCUUCGCCACCGAUCCAGACGGUGUCGCCACGACCAGCGUCAUUAACAAGUGCAACGUUCAUCGCAUACCCAGGAAGCUGUCAAUGGAAGUCGCAACCGCUAUUUCUCUCGCCUAUGCAACGGCUCUGUAUUCGCUGAGGAAUGUUGCCAAUCUCCAAGAGGGAGAGUCCAUUUUGAUUCAUUCCGGAGCAGGCGCAGUUGGCCAAGCCGCCAUCUCCCUGGCUCAAUAUCUCAACGCUGGCGAAAUAUACGUCACGGUGGGGAGUGCGGACAAGAGGGCCCUCAUAAGAGAACACUUCAACAUCCCAGACGACAAGAUAUUCUCCAGUCGCGGUCUCAGCUUCUACCAUCAGAUUCUUCGCAAGACAAAUGGUCAUGGUGUCGAUGUCAUUCUCAACUCGCUCAGCGGCGAGGCGUUGCAAAAAAGCUGCUCCCUGCUCGCGCCGUUUGGGCGGUUUGUCGAGAUUGGUAAGAAAGAUGUCAUAUCCAACGCGAGGCUUGAAAUGGCGUCUUUGGAAAGCAACGCCACAUUUACUACCGUUGAUUUGACGCUGCUUGCCAAGAGGAAGCCUCUUGUUCACCAAGAGCUCUACCGCACCAUCUUUGAGCUCGUUGGUCAGGACAGGAUCAAAGUUUUGAGCCCUAUAACGGUCAAUCCUGUCUCCGAGCUGGAGGCUUCUUUUAGGCUGAUGCAGGCUGGAAAACACGUGGGGAAACUGCUGCUCCAGUUGAACCCACAUAUGACAAUUUCUGUCCAACCUCCACGGCCACCGACUCCUCGGCUGAAAGGGGAUUGCUCUUACCUGGUCGUGGGAGGAACCGGCGGCCUUGGUAGAGCCACAAUUAAGCAUUUUGCGAGUCUCGGGGCCAAGCACAUUUUUACCUUGUCCCGAUCUGGUCCCGACAGUCCAAUUAUGAGAGAACUGGUGGAAGAGAUGCGUCUUGCCGGUGUUUGUGUUGUCGUGUUCAAGGGCAGCGUCACAGACACUGUCGCGAUUGAGUCGAUCAAGGAGCAGGCCAGAGAAUUCCCCAUCAGAGGUGUUGUCCAAGGAGCAAUGGUGCUGCAGGACUCUCGCGUGGACAAUAUGAGCUACGCGCAGUGGCGGGCUGCAAUGGAACCGAAAGUUGUGGGAACAAUGAAUUUGCACCGCGUGUUCGGAGACACUCUAGACUUCUUCAUCCUCCUUUCGAGCAGUGCAGGAAUCAUUGGCUCGUAUGCUCAGGGCAACUAUUCCGCUGGCAAUACGUUUCAAGAUUCUCUCGCUCGCCACAGGGCAUCGCUCGGUCUGCCAGCUCGCUCCAUCGACGUUGGCUCCGUGGAAGGGGAAGGGUACACGGCAAAUAACGAAGCGGCCGCGGAAUUCGUCUCCCGCCAAGGACUGCGGCCGUACAAGGUCAAGGAGUUCCUGGCCACAAUCAAUGAGGCGAUACGGAAUCCCUUUGCAUCCGGGCCUUCGGCAGCGCAGCUGAUUUGUGGCACGAGGAGAGCCGAUCCAAGUUCCCAAGCCAAAGAAGCAGCUCUGCAGCGUCCAGAUCCCAAAUUCUCCCACAUAUGGACGAAGCCCCAUCGCCAGGCAUCUGCCAAGGCUGACUCGAACCAUUUCAAUAUUCAAGCCAUGUUUGAAUCAGCAAAAACGGCGGAUGAAGCCGAAAAGGCGAUGCAGGUAGCAAUCAAGAAGAAGCUUGCUCAUCUGCUUGGCCUGCCAGAAAAGGACGUCAGCACGAAUCGCUCCGUUGUGAGCUAUGGAGUGGACUCUCUUAUUGCGGUGGAGCUUCGCAACUGGAUCUUGUCACAGUUGGAAUCUCACGUCCAGAUAUUCGAGUUGAUGAGUCCGAUGAGUUUCGCCGAGCUGGCCAACACGGUUGCCAGAAGAUCUCGGCUUGUGGCGACGGGGCUUUUCGGCGAUGUCAAAGUCUAG